CCUCAAAUUCACCCAAGCUCCCCAGGAACUCUUUUCCUCGCUUCGGCCCAGUCUCACCCUGAACCGGUGGUGGACCGUCGCAUUUCAUUUCGGUGCGCCGUUAAUCCGGCAACGAGUGGCGUCACGAUGUCUCUGGCGGCUCAGCGGUGGUGUCCCACGAGCGUCCAGGUGACGGUGCAACAAGCCCGGGGCCUCAGGAUCAAGGGGAAAAGCGGCACGAACGAUGCGUACGCGGUCAUGCAAGUGGGCAAGGAGAAGUUUCAGACCUCGGUGGUGGAGAAGAGCGUGGCACCGGCGUGGCGCGAGGAGGCCGCUUUCGACCUGCCGCCGCUGGCGCACCAGGACGCGGGAGGCAAGGAGCGCGGCACGCUGCGCGUCCACGUCCUGCACCGGGCCCUGGUCGGUCCGGACAAGCUGCUCGGACAGGCGGUGGUCAACCUGCUCCAGCUCGGGGAGGACAAAACCCGAGAGAAAACCGAAUGGUUUAAGUUGUUGGACAAGACUGGCAAGGCAGACAAAGACAGAGGAGAGGUGCUUUUGGACGUCCAGUUCCUGAGAAACAACAUGACUGCCAGCAUGUUUGACCUCUCGGCUCCCGGCAAAUCCAGAUCUCGCCUCGGCAAGUUGAAGGACAAAGUGCGUGGCAAGAAAAAGGACUCUGACGCUGCAUCUGAUGUGGUGCCGUCCUCCACCCAAGUUCUGAUAGAGAGCGAUGAGGAGGGGGACGGGGAGGGAGCCGCGGUCAAGGGCGAUAAAAAGAAGAAACCGAAGCUGACAUCUUUGUUUUCCCACAAGUCUAACCUGCAGAAGAACAUGUCUCAGUCCACGUCUGUUCUCACUGCAAAGAACCUUUCGCUGAGCGGCAGCCAGUCGUCUGAUCUAAAUGUGGAUUCCUCUGAAGGUAAAAAGAAGUUCAAGUUCCUGAUGCAUAAACGCUCAAACAGCUCGGAUGGCAAAGAUGCCUCCUCCGGUCACCAGAAACAUGGCGCUGCAGAACAGAGUAACUUGUGCAUCAAUGGCAGCCAUGUUUACCGCGAAGAGCCGCCGCCCCGGCCCUCUCGCAUCGGCUCAAACUUCAGUCUGGCCAGUUCAGGCCACGGAUCCAUGGAGGAUGUCCCUGAAAGCUCUCCAUCUGUUGACUCGCUGAAGGUGGUGAGGCAGUAUUCACCAUGGACAGAAGAGGAAGAGGAGGAGGAGGAGGAAAUAGAAAACACAAAAGAGAAUGCAGGUCAGCUAAAACGAGAGGAAGAGGAAAAGCUUAGGAUGGAGGAGGAGAUGAGGGAAAAAGAACAGGAAGAGGAAAUGGCUAGGAGAAAAGAGCUUGCGAGGUUGUCUGAUGAGAAGAGGAGACGAGAGGAAGAAGAAAUGAGGUAUGAAGAGAAUAUUAAAAGGGAGGAAGAAGAAAGGAUUAGGAGGGAGGAGGAAGAGAGGAGGCGACAACAAGAGGAAGAGGAGAGGGUAAAAAGAGAACAAAAAGAGUGUGAAAGAUUGGCAGAGCACAAAUUAAGACUAAAGGAACAAGAAAGACUGAUCGAAGAAGAGAGAGUUAGAAAGGAGGAAGAGGAGACUAUUAUGAGGGAGGAGGAGAGGGUUCGAAAAGAGAGGAGACAAAAGGAAGAGGAAAUGGUGAGAAGACAAGAGAAGGAACGGGAGGAAAAGAUGAGGUUUGAGGAACAAGAAAGGAUCCGGAUGUCGGAAGAAAGUGCUCAUGAAGAGAGGAGACAAGAGGAGAGAGUAAGGAGACAAGAAGAGGAGUGUAAAUUAGCAGAGGAAACGAGACUGGGGGAAGAAGAAAGAAGGAUUGAAGAAGAGAAAUUAAGUAAGGAGGAAGAUGAAAGGAUCAGGAGGGAGGAGGACAUGGCUGAGGAAGAGAGAAAGAAACUAGAGGAGGAAGCGAUGAGGAAAAGACGAGAGGAAGAAGAGAUUAGGGAGGAAGAAGAGAUUAGGAAGAAACGAGAGCAAGAGAUUAGGAAGAAACGAGAGAAAGAAGAGAUUAGGAAGGAACGAGAGGAAGAAGAGAUUAGGAAGAAACGAGAGCAAGAAGAGAUUAGGAAGGAACGAGAGGAAGAAGAGAUUAGGAAGGAACUAGAGGAAGAAGAGAUUAAGAAGGAACGAGAGGAAGAAGAGAUUAGGAAGAAACAAGAGCAAGAGAUUAGGAAGGAACUAGAGGAAGAAGAGUUUAAGAAGAAACGAGAGGAAGAAGCGAUUAGGAAGGAACGAGAGAAAGAAGAGAUUCGGAAGGAACGAGAGAAAGAAGAGAUUCGGAAGAAACGAGAGGAAGAAGAGAUUAGGAAGAAACGAGAGGAAGAAGUGAUUAGGAAGGAACGAGAGGAAGAAGAGAUUCGGAAGGAACGAGAGGAAGAAGUGAUUAGGAAGGAACGAGAGGAAGAAGUGAUUAGGAAGGAACGAGAGGAAGAAGAAAUUAGGAAGAAACGAGAGCAAGAGAAUAGGAAGGAACGAGAGGAAGAAGAGAUUAGGAAGGAACGAGAGGAAGAAGAGAUGAUGAGAAGACAAGUAGAAAAGCAUGAGGAAAGGAGGAGACUCGAAGAACAAGAAAGGAGGCGAAGAGAGCAUGAGGAAAGGAUUAAGGAGGAGGAGGAGAAGGCUAGGAGGGAAACGGAAGAAUAUGGGAGAUUGGUAAAGAAAAACAGGAAACUAGAGGAGGAAGAAGGGAAACUGAUUAAAGCAGAGAAGAUUAGACGUGAGGAAGAAGAAAAGAUAAGGGUGGAGGAAGAAAGGGAAGAAGAAGAGAGGGUAAGGAGAAAGGAAGAAGAGCGUGAGCAGUUGGCAGAGAAAAAGAGGAUGCUAGAAGAAAGGAGACUUGAGAAGGAAAGAAAGCAAAGGGAGGAAGAGGAGAUAAGAAGCCGAGAGAAAGAGGAGAGCGGCAGGAAAGAAAAGGAGAGAUUGGUCGCAGAAAAAAUUAGACAACAGGAACAAGUGAGGAGAAGGAUUGAAGAAGAGGAGAGAAGGGAGGAAGAGGAGAAAGCUGAAAGGGAGAAGAAAGAAGAGGAGGCUAGAAAGCUGGAGAAAGAGAAGUUAAAAAGAGAUGUCGAAGAGCAGAAGAGGGACGACCAAACCAAACGCCAAGCUGCAGGGAAGCCGCCCGCGGUGGGAAGCCCCGCUACCUCUUCUUCGAAUCCCUUUGAUGAAGAGGUUUCCAAUAAUCCUUUUGAGGGGAUUCAAGACUCUCCUGCUGGAAGCGACCGCAGCGCCGCCGCGCCGCCAGCCGCCCGGCAAAGGGUUGAACCUGCAGCCUCGUCGGUCGGAAGCAAGCCCGUUUCCUCUGAUGAAAAGGACCCGAUCAACACUCAACGGGAGAGGAAAGCGGCUCCUCAGCCUCCAGGAAGGCAGCAAGCUGAGAGGGCGCAGGAUGGAGCGACGCAACAGCCAGCACGCAUCAACACCAAGGGUAAAGACAACGGCAUCAAAACCGUCAGCGUUCUCCCUCAGCGCUCGGUGCAAACGAUUGCUCCUCUGGGUCGGACUCCCACUGAGGAAAAGAACAACCGGAGCUCGACACAAAGUCGUGCCGCCGAAGAAAUCUCAAAUGUGGUGAAACCAGGUAAACGUACCGCUCCAGCUCCACCUCGCUCUGUGGAAGGAGAGCCGUCACCGGAGCACGACACGCCGCUGCCUUCUGAUGAGAACAUGGCCCAUGUCUGUGGCGCUGAGGCCAAACCAGUCUCUAUCGUUUCUGGUUUGAAUCCAUUUGAAGACGGUGAAGUUAAACAUGUCGCCCAAGAGGAUUCAACCGCCUCCGAUAUGACUGGUUCAGUCAAAUUGCCUCCGGUUGUGUCGCAAGCUGCUGGUAAAGAUGCUGCGUCUCGGGCAAAAACCAAAUCCUCAAAAGCCCACGCUCCCCAUCUUCCUGCAAAGACGGCCGCCGCGUCGAGCACUUCAAUCCACCAGAAUGCUGAGAGGGGUCGUGUUGCCGAUGGUGCCGAGGUGACUGGUGACAGUGGAAGCCAUCUCCCAUGUGAGCCCAUGUCGGAGGCCGCCGGUCCUGUGCGUGUCCAGGAGGCUCCGCUGCAUGAGUCCCAGCCGGUGCCUUUGCCGAGUGCCGGGGAGGACGCAGGUCGGAAGGUGGGGCCGCUGACGACGACACGCAGGCUUCAGCCUGUAAAACCCCUUGAUCCUUUGGAACAGCAGUCUGUUUCAGUCGUUAAAGGCCUAAAAGAUAACCGUUCCACAGGCAUCCUUUGUGAAGUCCAGGCCAAUGGCGCUGGGUUGAAAGGACCCUACUCGCAGCUGACUCAGGGGGAACUCAUCUCUCUGGUGCUCAAACAAGAAAAGCAGCUGUCGGAGAGAGACAAAAAAGUAGCGGAGCUGGAGAAGUACAUCGACGACUUGCUUGUGCGGAUCAUAGAAGAGAAACCAAGUAUUCUCAUGUCCCUGAACGCUCUGAAAAAAGCUACCUAGGUGGAUUCACAGCUGACACUUUAGCUCCUCUGGUCCUAAUCGGUACCGAAACAGAAACUUCAAAAUACUUGUGAAAUGUAAAAGUUUGGAUUUACAAGGUUUCACAAUGUUGGCAAAUUAAUAUUGAUAAUGAUUUAAAUAUAUUUUGUAAAAGGCAUCUUACAGAAGCUAUUACAGUUUCAGCUCUUUUCAAUUAGAGGAUUAUAUUAAUUUGCAAUCAAAGAUGUUAAUGAGGACAAAGAUGAUCUACCUUUUUCUAAAUAUUUAGCAAUAUUUCUUGACUCCUGUAUUAUGUAAAUGUAUUAAUUAAAUUCUUUCCAGAAAUUACUUGCCAACAUGACCGAACUACUGUAUGUAUUGGUGUACAAUUGUAAUUUUUUUCUAUAGAGCGUUCGCUUCCUGUACCCUGGAGAUAUCUUCAAUGUGAAGAACAGCCUUCUUUUAUUAUCCAAACUAUGCACGAGUUUCGUCAUCAACAUUUCUUGCUCUUGUAUUGAAUGUUAAGGUUUACAUGAUUCUACUAACCCCCAAAAGGCACUUUACGCUUCUUACACUGUUAACAUGAUGUUCACUGAAUUAUCGCACUGUUAUGGUAUUAAAAUAUGCCAAAUUCAAUAAAGUUCUUUUUUCUGAAAAACUGG